AUGAUGGAGGUAAGUGUUUUUAUUGUAAUUGACGUUCUUAAGCCUGUUCAACGUCAUUCUGUGCACACGCUUGUGUUUCGGUCCCUAAAACGGACACAUGAUAUGUUCGAAUCCGAUCAGGCUCGGCUGCCUGAAAUCGACGAGGCUAGCCUGUUGCAAAAAGACAGGCGCAACCAAGUAUCAAUUAUUUAUUUUGUAAUGUAUUUUAAGGUCUGCAGCCACCCUCUUCUGAUGAAAUUGUGCCCUUUGAAAAACAGGAAGAAACAAAGUGAUAUUUUAAAAUUUUGUGACUUGUUUUUUAGUAACUCAUUUUCAAAUACUGAUUCACAUAUUGUCCAAGUUGGCAAUGAAAAAUUGUUGUUGCCCAAAAAGGCGCCCACCAUGCCAAAACCAACGUGGCAUCCACCUUGGAAACUGGCGAGGGUGAUCAGUGGACAUUCCGGCUGGGUCCGUUGCAUUUCAUUUGACCCUACCAAUGAGUUUUUCGCCACCGGUGCCGCAGACAGGAUGAUUAAGAUUUGGGAUUUCGCCAGUGGUUACCUCAAGCUCACUCUUACUGGCCAUAUCAGCGCGGUUCGUGGCGUUGUAAUCAGCCCUCGGCAGCCCUACCUCUUUUCAUGUGGCGAAGACAAAACCGUGAAGUGUUGGGAUCUCGAACAAAACAAGGUGAUCCGGCACUACCACGGGCACAUGUCGGCAGUCUAUGAUAUUGACUUGCACCCGACUCUCGAUGUAUUAGUCACGUGUGGCAGAGACGCCACCGCCCGUGUCUGGGACAUGCGUACCAAGGUGAACAUCCAUACGUUAACUGGUCAUUCCAAUACAGUAUCAUCGGUCCGUUGUCAAGAAUCCGAUCCACAAGUUAUCACAGCAUCACACGAUGCUACUGUUCGCCUUUGGGAUCUGGCUGCUGGAAAAACGAUGGUUUGCCUUACAAACCACAAAAAGAGCGUUCGCGCUAUCGCAAUUCAUCCAACACAAAACGCGUUUAUAUCCGCCUCUCCUGAUAAUAUUAAGCAAUGGAAAUUACCAACAGGAACCUUCUUACAGAACUUAUCAGGCCACAAAGCCCUUGUCAACGCACUCGCAGUUAACAUGGAUGGUGUGGUUGUCAGCGGGGGCGAUAACGGAAGUAUGCACUUCUGGGACUGGCGUUCUGGCUACAACUUCCAGAAAAUUAGUUCAAUUGCUCAACCAGGUAGUAUAAAUUCAGAGGCGGGCAUCUUCGCGCUGGCUUUUGAUCGCAGUGGGUCUCGUCUUGUCACCGCAGAGGCGGACAAAACCAUCAAAAUAUAUAAAGAAGACGAAAACGCGACUGAAGAAACGCAUCCAACAAACUGGCGGCCGGGACUAUUGCGAAAAGCCAAGUAUUAA